AACAAAUGGAUACUUUUCAAAAUGUUAAGAUAAAUACUGAGGUAUGUUCGUCGUCCGGGGAAAUUCCCAAAGAUUUCAGGUAAAAUUAUCAGUCUCUGGUAAUAUUUUUCAAGAGCUUUAAAAUAAUACUUAAAGUCAAUUCUAAGGUCAAUCACAAGGAAUAAAAAGUGCCAACAUCAUGGGAGACAGAAGCAAGCUUAAAACCGGCAACCUUGGAGUAAACGCGAUGGAAGAAAAAAGACUGAAUAAAUAUUUGAACACACUUGAAAAGCAAACACGAGAUAAAGUGAUAAACACGGAACGUCAGCAAAAGGUAAUGGCUAAACAUUUUCACAAAAGACUUGAUAAAAGUGCAGCGUUAGCUAGAAAACAAGAAAAUAUCGCAUUGAGCUUCAAAAUGCCAGUGAACCGAUGUUAUUCGUCCAAAAGCAAAGUGGAUAAAGGCAUUCAUUUAAUAAAUAGCCAGCCCGAAGAACCGAAACUCAGCGAAUCGAGAAAUUCCCCUUCUCUGUUACUGAGAGAGUGGAACCAGAGUUUUGACGUACCUUACCUCAAGGAAUAUUCAUUCAGUUGGUAUCCAGACACCAAGCCAUCGUCGGUCAUGGAAAUGAGAUGCAAAAUGUGGCAAAAAAUUAGUGAGUUUUGUUUGAAUGGGCGGGAAAGGGCUCGCAGUGCUCCUCCGUGGUUGAGAGACCUAAGAGCACCCGCACAAGUUCAACGAGCACAUUUGAAAACUCUUGAGGUGAUGAGGAUACAAAAAUCCCUUGUACAAUCUCCUUCAAGGCAGCCAGUCAUCGACCUCCAAAGCGUGCGAACAUGGCGUGAAAAAGAAAAAAAAAUAGCUUGUUGUGCUGUGAAGGAAUUCGUAAAGACAAUCGUUCCUUACAAGCUAAGACCAGGACCUUCACAGCAAGUACACGAUAUCAAUAGUUUUUAUCGGUUAUUAUCCACUUCUGAACCUCCUUUGAAAUCCUUUUGCUGUUCAAGUUAAGAGUUGUACGAGACAGAGUGGAAGUUUUUUUUAUUAUUUUUAAGUGCAUGGCACCUUGCAUGCAUGGCUACCAUCUAUAAACGGCCAAUUUCUCAAUUUCAUCUAGCGACCUACUAUAGUCAAAGCGCCUAAGAGAAGAAUUUCGUUGCAACUAACCACUAUUUUAUAAACUUUAUUUAGAGAGGUUUUGCACUAAUUUGCUAUGUUUAUAAAUAAGCUGCCAACCUCUAUUUAGCUAGACUGCGUGCUAAGUCCCUCUAUUUCCCUCGGUCACUUGAAAAAAACAGUAUGGCGUAUUAACGGCCUAGUUUUGUGUUGGGGAUAGCCCCGAAUGCCGGGCUAUAUCAUUCGGGUAUAAUAAAUGUAAAGAUGUAGUAAAUAAAAUUUGACCGAUUUGAUAGCUAUUGGGCUUAUACACAGAGAGUAUACACUAGUAAUAUUCAUCAACUUCAGUGAGUUCAGUGCUAUUAAUUAUAUAAUGUGAAAACGAUCCAUAAAAUGUUUGCAGACUGUUUAUGCAUGAUUCAAUCAAAGACCAAGAGACUUCUGAACAUAUAUAGUAUAUAUCUUAUUUGAGUUCUGUUAAAAGAUUACUGUUAAAAGAAACAAAAGAUUUUGUUGCGUGACAAGUUGGAUAGAUAGGAUGUAAAACGAGCAACAUUGUUUUUGAACUUGCACGGCAACAGUGUUGCGCGACAACUUACGCGUUUUUGUGUCUCGUAUUUCAGCGCCUUUUACAAUAAAGGUUGUUUUAUAUGAUUUCAAGCUAGUUGCUCUAUUUCAUGAUGUAAUGGCUUUUUUCGGUUAUUGGGGAUAGAAUCGCUAGGUCAUAAAAACAG